UACACAGACGCGACAUUACCCACGGAGCGCAGCUCCAGCUUGGAACUCUACGACUGCGUUAAUAACGCAAUUUCAUUUUUGCAUUUUUUUGGUUUGCUUUACCGUUUUAGAAACAAGGCUCUGUAAAGAUUUUGACUGCUUUUCAAGGACGUGUUGUACAUGCAAAAAAACAAAGCCUAAGACACGCCACGCUCUGUGUAAAGCAGCGAAGAAGCGACAGAAGAGUUCGGCUACUUGCGGUAGUUAUUUCCUAGGAGUUCGCACACACAGUGGGGCACGCUACACGUUGUUCUCGCCUUUUUUCUCACGUUUUCACUGAGAAGAUAUUUUUUAGAAUCCGGACCACUGAAGAGGGGAAUAUUUGAAGCAUCGUUUGUUUUAUUGGUUUAUUUACUUAAAGCUGAAGGCUUGCGGAAAAUCCAGCGUGUUUAUUUCUAACUUAACAGCACUUGCCAGUGAGGAGUUUGCUGAAAGAUGUUUCUAUUUUAAAGUCCUAAUCAAAACUGGAGUUGUAGCAGGAAGAGCGUGAACUCUCAGCUGGUAACGGUAAUUGCAGUUUAACUGAAGUUUUCAGUGUCUGAAUCAUACUUACACGUUUUUAACUAAGUAAAAGCAGUCUUGACUUUGCCGCUUGCGGUGAGUUACAGUUGCCAUUGGGAAUAAAAGAAUUUGCCAUUUUUACACUGGAAAAAGGUGCCUUUUGAAAGGGCGCUUUGCGGUACCUGGACCAAAAUGCCACAGUUAGCAGGAGGCGGCGGCGGGGACCCGGAACUGUGCGCGACCGAUGAAAUGAUCCCGUUCAAAGACGAGGGGGAUCCAGAGAAGGAACAAAUAUUCGCCGAAAUAAAUCACCCAGAGGAGGAGGGGGAUUUGGCAGAUAUCAAGUCAUCGCUAGUAAACGAAUCGGAGACUAAUCCAAACAGCGGCAGUCACGACGCAGCUAGGCAGUCCCAGCUACCCCCAGACUCAUACCAUGAAAAGCACAGAGAUCACCCCGAUGAGGGGAAGCAUCACGAUGCCUACAACAAGGGGCAUCAUUACCCAGGGUAUCCCAGCUACAUCAUGAUGUCCAACAUGAACAGCGACUCCUACAUGAGCAACGGCUCUCUCUCCCCUCCCAUGCCCAGAACGUCGAACAAGGUUCCGGUGGUGCAGCCGUCCCAUGCGGUCCAUCCCCUCACCCCUCUGAUCACGUACAGCGACGAGCACUUCGCCCCGGGGCCCCACUCCGGACACCACGCCCAAGACCUCAACUCCAAGCAAGGCAUGCCGAGGCAUCACCCUGGUCCCGACAUUCCCAAUUUCUACUCGCUUUCUCCUGGAGGAGUUGGACAGGUCACUCCGCCAUUGGGAUGGUUUUCGCCCCACAUGGUUCCAGGCCCCCCUGGGCCCCACGCUACAGGAAUCCCCCACCCCGCCAUUGUAAACCCCCAGGUCAAACACGAGCCCCAGCACGACAGCGACCUCAUGCACAUGAAACCUCAUCACGAACAGAGAAAGGAACAAGAGCCCAAAAGACCUCACAUCAAGAAGCCCCUGAACGCCUUCAUGCUCUACAUGAAAGAGAUGCGGGCCAACGUGGUGGCCGAGUGCACGCUGAAGGAGAGCGCCGCCAUCAACCAGAUCCUGGGCAGGAGGUGGCAUGCGCUAUCUCGCGAAGAGCAGGCUAAGUAUUAUGAAUUAGCCCGCAAGGAACGACAGCUCCACAUGCAGUUAUAUCCCGGCUGGUCCGCCAGAGACAAUUAUGGAAAGAAGAAGAAGCGGAAGAGGGAGAAGCUCCAGGAACCUGCGCCAGGAGGGAAACGAAACACGUUCUCCACAUGCAAAGCGAAGUCAGCAGCUAUGGGCCCCCUUUUGAAGAUGGAAGCCUGUUAAAUUCUACAGCCAUCAACCUCCCCCCACCCCUCAUUCUCCUCUCCAUUGAGGGACUCCAGUUUUCCAGUUCCUCACAUCUACAGCCCCCUGCUUCAGACACGGCGAACUGUGAAGGCAGUCACACCUGUAAAAGACGCUCAUGUGAACACCGCACUCAAAAAAUAAAAUAAAUCGAUAGUUCUCGGUUUUCCUUAGGCCAUCAGUCACCGGCCCGCUUGAGCACAUUCCACGCACCUGUUUCUGCGUUAUUUCUGGCACCUCAGUUCUUUUGUUCUGUCCACACCCCCCCCCCCCCCCA